CCCCCUUCUUUCUGCUUCACCUUUUUAUCCACUGCUUGAUUUGCUCUCUCUCUCUCUGCAAACAAAGUACAAACCAACCAUGGAAGCUGUGGGAGACGCUCUUCUUUCUGCUGCCAUCGGCCUCUUGUUUGACAAGUUGGCCUCCACUGAUUUGCUCGACUUUGCACGCCAACAAUGGGUGUACUCUGAUCUCAAGAAAUGGGAGAUAGAAUUGUCGAAUAUUCGUGAAGAGCUUAAUGACGCGGAGGACAAGCAGAUCACGGAUCACUCUGUGAAAGAGUGGCUGGGCAAUCUGAAGGAUUUGGCUUAUGAUAUGGAGGACAUCUUGGAUGAGUUCGCCUACGAAGCUUUGCAACGGGAACUCACGGCCAAAGAAGCUGAUCAUCAAGGCAGGCCGAGCAAGGUACGCAAGCUCAUCUCCACUUGUCUUGGCAUUUUCAAUCCUAAUGAGGUUAUGCGUUAUAUUAACAUGAGGUCCAAGGUGUUGGAAAUCACUCGCCGCUUACGAGAUAUUUCGGCUCAAAAAUCUGAGCUUCGUCUAGAAAAGGUGGCUGCGAUAACCAACUCUGCUAGGGGAAGGCCAGUCACCGCAUCUCUAGGAUAUGAACCUCAGGUCUAUGGCAGGGGGACAGAAAAAGAGAUUAUAAUUGGUAUGCUGCUUAGGAAUGAACCCACUAAAACCAAUUUUUCUGUAGUUUCCAUCGUGGCCACGGGUGGGAUGGGCAAGACCACACUGGCAAGACUGGUGUACGAUGACGAUAAGACCGUAACCAAGCAUUUUGAUAAAAAAGCCUGGGUUUGUGUCUCAGAUCAGUUCGAUGCAGUGAGAAUAACAAAGACAAUUCUCAACUCGGUGACUAAUUCUCAAAGCAGUGAUUCACAAGACUUGCAUCAAAUCCAAGAAAAUUUGAGGAAGGAAUUGAAGGGAAAAAAAUUUCUGAUAGUUUUGGAUGAUUUGUGGAAUGAUGAUUACUUUGAGUUGGACAGGCUAUGCUCCCCUUUCUGGGUGGGAGCACAGGGAAGCAAAAUUCUAGUCACAACUCGCAAUAAUAAUGUUGCAAACAAGAUGAGAGGACGCAAGAUCUUACAUGAGCUCAAACAGUUACCAUAUGAUGAUUGUUUGAAGAUAUUUCAAACACAUGCUUUUGAACAUAUGAAUAUCGAUGAGCACCCAAAUUUGGAAUCAAUUGGUAGGAGAAUUGUAGAGAAGUGUGGAGGUUCUCCCUUAGCGGCAAGAGCCCUUGGUGGCCUUUUGCGCUCUGAACUACGUGAAUGUGAAUGGGAAAGAGUAUUGUACAGCAAAGUAUGGAAUUUAACAGACAAGGAAUGUGACAUCAUCCCUGCCUUGAGAUUGAGCUACUAUCAUCUGUCUUCACAUUUAAAGAGGUGUUUUACUUAUUGCGCAAAUUUUCCCCAGGAUUAUGAGUUUACAAAGCAAGAGUUAAUCCUCUUGUGGAUAGCGGAGGGGUUAAUUGAACAAUCAAAAGAUAAUAGGAAAAUGGAAGAUCAUGGUGAUAAGUAUUUUGAUGAGCUAUUGUCAAGGUCAUUUUUUCAAUCGUCAAGCAGCAAUAGAUCACGAUUCGUGAUGCAUGACCUUGUCCAUGCUCUAGCUAAAUCUAUUGCUGGAGACACAUGCUUGCAUUUGGAUGAUGAGUUGUGGAAUGAUUUGCAAUGCCCCAUUUCUGAAAAUACUCGUCAUUCAUCAUUCAUCCGUCAUUUUUGUGAUAUCUUUAAAAAAUUUGAAAGGUUUCAUAAGAAAGAGCGCUUGCGCACGUUCAUAGCUUUGUCGAUUGAUGUACCAACUAGUCCAAAUCGUUGCUAUAUAAGUAAUAAGGUGCUUGAAGAAUUGAUACCAAAGUUAGGGCACUUAAGGGUGCUCUCAUUGGCUCGUUACACGAUAAGUGAGAUACCAGAUUCAUUUGGUAAGUUGAAACAUUUGAGAUACCUUAAUUUGUCCUACACCAGUAUAAAAUGGUUACCCGAUUCAAUUGGUAAUCUUUUUUACCUUCAGACAUUGAAAUUAUCAUGCUGUAAAGAGCUUAUUAGGUUGCCUAUUAGCAUCGGUAACCUAAUCAAUCUUCGACAUCUUGAUGUUGCUGGUGCAAUAAGAUUACAAGAAAUGCCUAUACAAAUUGGCAAACUAAAAGAUUUGCGGAUAUUGUCUAAUUUCAUUGUGGACAAAAACAACGGUUUGACAAUCAAAGGGUUGAAAGACAUGUCACAUCUGCGAGGAGAACUUUGCAUUUCGAAAUUGGAAAAUGUGGUGAAUAUUCAAGAUGCAAGGGAUGUCGAUUUAAAAUUGAAGCGUAACCUUGAAAGCUUGAUAAUGCAGUGGAGUUCUGAGCUGGAUGGUUCAGGGAAUGAGCGGAAUCAAAUGGAUGUCCUUGACUCUCUACAACCUUGUUUGAAUCUAAAUAAACUCUGCAUUCAGUUUUAUGGUGGUCCAGAAUUCCCACGUUGGAUAAGAGAUGCCUUGUUCUCCAAGAUGGUGGAUCUAAGUCUCAUAGAUUGCAGAAAGUGCACGUCUUUACCGUGCUUGGGGCAGUUGCCAUCGCUCAAACAGUUGAGGAUCCAAAGAAUGGAUGGAGUAAAAAAAGUGGGUGCAGAGUUUUAUGGAGAGACUCGUGUUUCUGGAGGUAAGUUUUUCCCAUCACUAGAGUCUCUACAUUUUAAAAGCAUGUCAGAAUGGGAGCACUGGGAGGACUGGUCUUCCUCAACAGAGUCAUUAUUCCCUUGUCUCCAUGAGCUUAUAAUUGAGUAUUGCCCCAAAUUGAUUAUGAAACUACCCACUUACCUACCUUCUCUUACAAAGCUCUCUGUACACUUCUGUCCAAAAUUGGAGUCUCCACUUUCAAGACUUCCACUGCUGAAGAAAUUACAAGUAAGACAAUGUAAUGAGGCGGUCUUGAGCAAGUUAACAAUUUCUGAGAUUUCAGGGCUUAUCAAAUUGCAUGAAGGAUUUGUGCAAGUUUUGCAAGGGCUUCGGGUUUUGAAAGUAUCGGAAUGCGAAGAACUCGUAUAUUUGUGGGAGGAUGGUUUUGGAUCGGAAAACUCUCAUUCUCUUGAGAUUAGAGAUUGUGACCAACUUGUAUCCUUGGGAUGCAAUCUUCAGUCUUUGGAAAUAAUUAAAUGUGAUAAACUAGAGAGGCUUCCAAAUGGAUGGCAGAGUCUAACAUGCCUUGAAAAAUUGGCAAUCAGGGAUUGUCCAAAGCUAGCGUCAUUUCCAGAUGUAGGUUUCCCACCAAAGCUGAGAAGUCUUACUGUUGGAAAUUGUAAAGGUCUAAAGAGUCUACCUGAUGGCAUGAUGUUGAAGAUGAGGAACGACAGUACUGACAGCAACAACUUGUGUCUUCUUGAAUGCUUAAGUAUAUGGAACUGUCCAUCUCUCAUUUGCUUUCCAAAAGGGCAAUUACCCACCACCCUUAAGAGUCUACGCAUAAAGUUUUGUGACGAUCUCAAGUCUCUUCCAGAAGGAAUGAUGGGCAUGUGUGCCCUUGAAGAGUUAACUAUAGUGAGGUGUCCGUCUCUUAUUGGAUUACCGAAAGGUGGGUUACCCGCCACUCUCAAGAUGCUCAUUAUAUUUGAUUGUAGAAGGCUAAAGUCUCUACCAGAGGGAAUAAUGCACCAACAUUCCACCAAUGCUGCUGCUCUCCAAGCCUUGGAAAUCUGUACAUGUCCAUCUCUCACAUCCUUCCCAAGAGGUAAGUUUCCCUCUACUCUUAAGCGACUUCACAUUCGGGGUUGUAAACACCUCGAGUCAAUUUCAGAGGGGAUGUUUCACUCUACUAAUAAUUCACUUCAAUCUUUAAUCCUCGGGAGGUAUCCUAAUCUCAAAACCCUACCAGAUUGCCUCAACACCCUCACAUAUCUAGUUAUUGAAGAUUCUGAAAAUCUGGAAUUGUUGCUUCCUCAGAUAAAAAACCUCACUUGUCUUACAUCGCUUAUCAUUCAAGAUUGCGAGAAUAUCAAGACCCCCCUAUCCCAAUGGGGUCUUUCCAGACUCACCUCUCUUAAACGCCUCUGGAUUAGUGGCAUGUUUCCAGAUGCAACUUCCUUUUCGGAUGACCCCCACUCGAUUCUUUUUCCUACAACUCUCACCUCCCUUAUCCUUUCACGAUUCCAGAAUCUGGAAUCCCUAGCCUCCCUGUCUCUCCAAACCCUCACCUCUCUUGAAGAGCUAGAAAUCUACGAUUGCCCUAAGCUCCGAUCGAUUUUGCCAAGGGAAGGACUAUUGCCUGACACCCUUUCACGACUGCAUGCGCGGCGUUGCCCACAUCUAACACAAAUGUACUCGAAGGAGGAAGGAGAUGAUUGGCUUAAGAUUGCCCACAUCCCCUGUGUGGACAUACAUGACUAAUCCAUCUGAGUAAUAAAGAAGUUCUAAUCAGGUCAUUUACUGGAGAAAGGGGAAGAAUGGCGUUAUAUAGAUCUCAUUCCUAAUCAAAGUGCCACUUCGCCAAUACACAGUCAGUGUUCAUUGUAAGUAAUCAAGAUGAGCAUAGAAGAUUUCUUAUGAUAAACAAAGUUUUGAUUAUGACCAUGGAAGAAACAUGUAAGCUUGCAGUGAUUGGGCGUCCAUGUAAAAUGUGCUCUAACCAAGUGGACUUCUUCAAAAGGAAGUGGAAUAUGAAGAAAGGAUAGAUUGUUCAGACUUUGCCUGUGGAGGAAGGGAGAUUCCUGGGUGCUCAACACUUGAUGCUCAUUGCUCUAUUCAAGAAGAAUAAGAAACUCAGAGUAUGCCCAAAUAGGUUGCACAUCCUAUUGGACAUCCUGUUGGAGCAGCAAUGUCAAAGAAGAUGUACGUUAUACAAAUAUUUGAAGAGAAGUAUUUAAAUCUGGAAACUACUGGUGUGUUUACAACCUCAGAAUUCCUCACUUAAGAAAAUGUGGAUCUCAAGUCCUACCUCAUCAGAUUUAGAGUCUUACAUCUCUUUAACAGCUUUGUGUUGCACAUUGUCCAGGUUCAGGUUUCCUUUGAGGAAAUAAUUUCACGAAUACACUUGCAAGGGUAUUAAAACCCCUUAUCUUUGUGGAGCCUCCAAAGAUUCACCUCUCUAAAAACUCAGUUCAUUCAUUUUAUAUUGUACAUUGUUAAAUGCAAUUUCCUUUUGACAGGAUUUCUUGCUACAACUCAUUGAUCUUUCAAUGAAAAUAUUGUCAAAUUUGAAAUCCUAGCCCCCUCCCUUGGUCUUCAAAACUUCAUUUCUUUAACUUGUAGAGAUUGAGGGAUGCCUUGUUCUAGUCCUUCUUACCAAGUGAAAGGUUGUCUUCUAAGUUUUAUCAAACUUCGAAAUCAAAGAUGUUUCAAGGAGAAUGAUAGAGAUUGGCCCUAGAUUGCCCGCUUCCCCUAAAAUGAGGAUACAUCAUAAACUCAUUUUUGAACCAUAAUAAAUUCAAAUUGCAAAAAUGGGUGCAAAGCCAAUUCAACCCUAUCCUAUCCUUACAUUCAUUAAGUGGCUCAACAAUUUGUGGAAGUUUCCAAGAAGUUGUGUUGAAAGUUUGACUAGGAAGCAAGUUUUGAGUACAAUAGUUACAAACUUAUGGGUGAGUAUUUUGUUUCUUAUCGAUCUCUCCCAUGGUCAAUGUAAGCAUCUUAAGUUCUACCUGUAAUGAAAUCUUCGUAAUUUUAUUUGAAGUGCUCUUUGAGCGGUCUUAGUUAGAGAUUUGACAUGCAAGCAUGGGACGUAAAAUGACAAGGAAGGGUGUUAUUUGAUAACAGUUACAAAUUGGCAUGGAUGUCUUCAUUUCAAUUAAGCAUCUUUUGUGAUACCCUUCUAAUUGGAUUUGAAUACAAUUUUCUAAUUCAAUAUAUAAUGCAUAAAGUUUACCUUAAUAAGUGCACUUUAUGUUAAAAUAUCAAUCUUCUGUAAUCAAGGAAAUGACAAAUUUUCCUUUUAGAAAGAAUGAUGAAAAUUUUCUUUAUCGUAUAGUUAUUUAUGAUCUCAAGUCAUUCCUUUAAGGUUUUCAAAUUGUCAAAAGGAAGGAUUCAAUUUGCUAUAUGUUUAGUGCUCUUAUUCUGUUGACAAAAUGAGAUUUGGAUUUCACAUUGGAGACUACAAGUUUGGCCUAAAUACAAGUAACACCUCUUUAUUUCUUUCACACAUGAUUAAAAAACUAAGUAGCAAGUGCAUAUGUUUAACUUCCAUUUAUUUCUUCUACAGUUUCUACAACACACCACGUUCUUAUGUCUCUUGGAAAGUUAAGAACAUUGUUUAAAAUAUGGUAUGCCUUCCAUGCUAAGAAGUAUUUUGCUCCGUGAUUGUGGUGGCUCAAAUAGCAACUUGCAUCUGUUUUGAUACAUGGAGAACUCAAGAGAACAUAUGGUAUUUAGUGCCUUUCAAAUUAGUGGAUUUCAUAUUAAUUUCUCAAUCAAUAUGCAAUGUGUUUGUCAUGGAACAUUGCUAAAAAAAUUUGUGAUUUUUUUUUUGUUUAUAAAUCAUUACUAAAUUUUGAUUGCAAAUAAUUGUGAGGAUUCAUUAGCAGGAAUUUUAUCCAACAUACAAGCUUUUAGGUGAGUGAUAUACACUGAAAUUUUUUCUAUUUUGUUUGGUUUGAAAUGCUUUUCAAUUUUAAACCAACAUACUGUUAUUUGUUUGCAACAUGUUAUAUUUGUAGAAAAUUAUCUUAUCUAGAUUUAUACUAUGGAUUUGAAUAAUGUUUGAGGUGAAGGAGACUUUUUGGCAUGUCCUGCUAUCUUGAGUUGUGCAAGUCAAAGGCUCGAAGAGCACAAACUCUUAUGACUAGAGGAAAGACAAUUGAAUUCUCAUUCUAUGGUGUAGUGACGUGUCAAUUAGAUAUCUGGAAGUUAUAUGAUGUAACGAAUUAGAAGCUACCAAGAAGGUGCACAACUUUAAGCCUCCUCGAGAGCUAAUAAUUGAUGGUUGUAUGGCCAAGACACCUUUUUCCUAGGGACAGGUUUUUCAUUCAAUGUAAGAAGGUUGAUGGUUCAAAAUUGUAUAUAGGGCUUUGGGGUUGUUACUGAUUGGAAUGAUUCACAAUUCAAGCAACAACAAGUCUUUGGAAUUAUUUCAAAUCUCUAAAUGUCCUCUCACGUGUCUCCAAGAGGCCAACUUCCUGCAAUCCUAAUGAAGGUGGAGAUCCCGAAUUGCUAAAAUUUGGGGUGUAGAGUAGAUGAAUGUUGUCGAAUGCAAAAGAAGAAUACUACUUCUCUUAAAUACUGGCCAACUUCCUGCAAUCCUAAUGAAGGUGGAGAUCCUGAGUUGCUAAAAUUUGGGGUGUAGAGUAGAUGAAUGUUGUCAAAUGCAAAAGAAGAAUACUACUUCUCUUAAAUGCUGGUAUGUUGCUUGUCUCUAUCUCUCACAUCAUUGCUAAGAAAUGUCUUACCUGAUCUUGAAACACCUUGGUAUUUAUGAUUGGAAUGAUUCACAAUUCAAGCAAUAGCAAGUCUUUGGAAUUCUUUUAGAUUUCUAAAUAUCCUCUCAUGUGUUUCCAAGAGGCCAGCUUCCUGCAAUCCUAAUGAAAGUGGAGAUCCUAAGUUGCUAAAAUUUGGGAUGCAGAAUAGAUGAAUGUUAUCAAAUGCAAAAGAAGAAUACUACUUCUCUUGAAUACUGAUGAAUGGUUUUCAAAAGCAUUUUCCCUAGUAUCAAUGGAGGAAGACAAUCUACCUCAGAAACAACUAGCAUCUUUGAUUGAAUUGGUGUCUCAAGUCUCCUAAAGAACUCAGAAUUGAGUUGGUACUCAAGAUAGUUUACUUCCACAAGAUUGAAUUGGGGUUUGUUCCCUAAGACAAUUCAAAAUUAUAGCACUUUGAUUUCUUAUUGAUUGGAAUGAUUUAUGAUAGCACAAAAAAUGUCUAUGGAAUUCUUGCAUUUUUCUAAAUAUGUUGUCAUCAGCUAAGCUCCAUUUGUAUUUUGCAAGUGGAACCAUAUAUGAGAGACAGAACUCCUAAAUCCAAUAUUGAGAUAUGGGCCAAAGAUAGCCCACAUCUCCCAUGUGAAAACCGAUGGUGAGAUUCAUUUUUGAUCCAUAAUGGUUCACUGCAAUAGCGGAAGCGAGUUCAUCAUAUCCUAGUUUCACACCAUUGAAAUUUUCUAUAAGUGGAGCUAUUAGGUGAAUUUUGCCCUUACCUUUAUUGUGAAAAAACUUCACUAGGGAGCAGCUUUUGACAGUAGUUACAAGCUUUAUGGCUUUACAUUUACUAUUCAAUGUUUGUUCCACUUGUUGGUCAUUUCCAUAGUCCUAUGAAAGCAUUAAUAUUUUUGUCUCUCCCAAUUCAAUUUUUCAGGCAACUUUAUCCUUUAACUGGAUGAAUUCAUUUAUGUUAAUAAGAUUUUCAUUUUGGUGUAUUCCUACAAGAUUCUUUCGAUGAUGGGUUGUCAACUUCACUUUCAGCAUAGCUCCGAGUUCAUUCAGAUGCUCUCUUUCCAUGUCUUCCCAAGAAGUCAACUUCCUGCAAUCCUAAUGAAGGUGGAGAUUCUGAGUUGCCCAAAUGUGGAGUUCAAACUAAAUGAAUGUUGUCAAAUGCAAAAGAACAUCACAUCUUGAAUACUGAUUUUAGGUGGUAGAGGAAGGGAUAAUGCACCACAACACGUUUCUUGUGCAUCUUACAAUGAUGCUCUCUCACAAUGAUCAAAAGAAACAUAGUCAAAACUAAGCAAUGAUGCGAUUUUACCUCAAGGAGGAAGGAAAGGGAGAGGAGAGGAAGUAACCCAAUGCAAAGAUGCAUCAGAUUGCUGUGUCUUGACAAGGGGAUGAAGAGAAGGAGAACACAAGAUGCUGCUUAUUGGUAACACAAAGUCCUUAUGAAGAUAAAUUGUUUGUCUUGACCAAGAGAUGAAGAAACAGAAAAAAGAACCCAAGGUUCAUUAGAGGAUAUUGGUGUGACAAUUCACCCAUGUAAAUUUAAACAAGUAUCUCCAUUGAAAAAGGUUCACAUGACAUACCCAUGAGUGCUACACUUCUGUAAUUUCAUUAAACUGUCAUGCCACAAACUGUGGAUCAAUAUAUUGUGCUAUCA